CAGCAUGGCGGGUAGCGGACACACCGACGAGCCUUGGAACUACAGCAGCGCGGAGCUGCUCGCGCGCACCACUUCGGUGUCUAUGAUUCAAACUCCUCGCUAUCCUUUUCCCACUGUGGAUGUUCCAGACCAUGCUCACUAUACUAUCGGCACAUUUAUCUUAAUCAUUGGCAUCACUGGCAUGGUGGGCAACUUUCUGGUCAUGUACGCCUUCUGCAAGAGUCGAAGCCUAAGAACACCAGCCAACAUGUUCAUUAUUAAUCUGGCCAUAACUGAUUUCCUGAUGUGUGUAACUCAAACACCCACCUUCUUCAUUACCAGCAUGCACAGGAGAUGGAUCUUUGGAGAGAAAGGCUGUGAGAUGUAUGCAUUUUGUGGUGCUCUCUUCGGGAUGUGCUCUAUGAUCACACUAAUGAUCAUUGCUGUGGAUAGAUAUAUUGUUAUCACUCGUCCUCUGGCCUCCAUCGGCAAGAUGUCACAUAAGCGUGCAUUUUGCAUCCUCGCCCUAGGCUGGCUGUAUACCUUGUUCUGGAGCCUUCCUCCUUUUUUUGGAUGGAGUGCAUAUGUUCCUGAGGGCUUGAUGACCUCCUGCACAUGGGACUAUAUGACGUUUACCCCAUCUGUUCGUGCCUACACAAUGCUACUCUUCGUCUGUGUCUUCUUCAUCCCUCUGUUUGUCAUUAUGUACUGCUAUUUCUGCAUCUUCCGUGCUAUUCGCAGCACCACCAGUGCUGUGGGUAAAAUUAGUGAGGAAGGAGGAAUCACCAAAGACUCAAUCAAAAAGUUCCAUCGAUUGAAGAGUGAAUGGAAGAUGGCAAAGGUGGCUCUCAUAGUCAUUCUGUUGUACGUGAUCUCCUGGUCUCCAUAUUCCUGUGUGGCUCUGACGGCAUUUGCAGGUUACGCUGACUUGCUCACCCCGUACAUGAACUCUGUUCCUGCUGUGAUUGCCAAGGCUUCAGCUAUCCACAACCCCAUCAUUUAUGCCAUCACGCAUCCAAAAUACAGAUCUGCUUUAGCGAGGUAUAUUCCAUGUCUGGGUGUGCUACUGUGUGUUCCUCAUGGAGAACGCUUGACUAGCAGCAGUUUUAUGUCCACACGGCGCUCCACUGUGACCAGCCAGGUUUCAGAAGCCAGUGUACGUCAAACGAGCAAGACGCGCCUGUCCUCGAUGUCCGACAGCGAGUCUGCUUUGACGGACACAGAGGUGGACAUGGCAGGUGCUCUUUCCCGUCAGGUGUCGUACGAGGGCCGUAAAGAGCUGUCUGACUAUAAGUACUGCAGCUCUCUAAAGGUGAAGGUGAGGGGCCGAGACUCAGUCAGCAUCAACAGAAGUCCUGGUGAUACAGGUCUAAACCUCACCGGCUAUACUUAUAUCAGCACUGUGUUGGACAACGAUGACAUCUCCAUGACUGAGUCCAUCCAGUCCAAUCAUCUGCUCUUCAGUCCGUGUGAGAUCUCAGAUCAGGCUGAGCACAAGAAGCUGACAGCUCCUAUUCCCUCCAUUGUUGUAACCUCUGAGUCCCAUCCUGCCCUCUUCUCUGAUGGGACCAAUAGCCACCCUUCUAAAUGCCUCCCCAGCAUUUCUCCGGUGGCCUCUGUCAGCAUGGAGCCUCUUCUGAUGGAUCAAGUGAACACGUCACAGGCCUGCAAUAAUACUACUAACAUCACCAUUCCUCAGCAUAAAAUCUGAAAAACAACUGCCCUGUCCAUGAAAAUAACGAGUAUGCACUUUUUCUUUUCAUUUUAAAAUGUUAUAACAUCUGUCAUCUUGCUGUGCAGGUUUUGAAACGGUGCAUUCACCCUGUUUCAUUCUGUGUGUAUGUACAUGUGUGAUCUCCAGAGAUAAGAGAGUGUCGAGGUACAGCUCAAGGUUUCUGCAGUGCAGAGUGUCUUCCCUUAGCAGGUUUCAGGAAGACAGAACUGCCUGCAGAGAUUUAACUACAAAGUCUGGGCAAAGCUUUCUGCUAUCUGCUGCUGACAAAGGAAGCAGCACACCACGUCUAGCCAAUUCGGAACAAAUACUAUGCUUUUACAGAAAUACAAUGGACAAAAUCACUUGUACGGCAGGGCAAUAAAUCCUCAAAUAAAAUCCUCAAAUUCCAACCUGGGACAAUGAAUCACAUGGAGCCUGAUUUUCAGCAAAAUGCUGUUUGUUCCCAAUAUAAGUUUUAUUUCAUCAUCAACUGCUGUUCACUGUUAUGCAGGAGAAUAAAGUUUCAGUGAACUACUA